AUGCCCGUUGUAUCCAGACCGGCCCCCGGCGCACCCAAGGUGGAGCAGCUAACACGGAUGUACCCCAAGCACCUGCCGACCUCUGCUGUCAUCGGGAACUCGCAGACCCGAAAUCUCCACCAGCACUUCGACCCCUACGAUAGAGCCGCACCCGCCUUCAUCACCAUCCAUGGUGCAUCCGCGUUCGACAUCGAGAAGGAGCUUGCCAACCUCCCACGUUCUGUCACGACGCUCGUCUUUCAACUGACCGAGCUGGAACGAUACGGCACCGACGAGACGCUACGACGGUGCUGUCGCCUGGUCAACAACACGCUGCGAGCACGUCCGGAGCUCCACAGGCUUAUUGUGUCCCUCGUGUUGCCUCGGCACACCAAUCGACGCCUGGAUCAGUCGAACCACCGCUUCGUCCACUGGUUCAACACUGAAGCCCAGAAAUUCAACAACACAGUCAAGGGCUACUGCAGGAAACCAGGCAAGUCGCGAAUAGCCGAAGCCAGGGCCUUCAAAGCCGAAGCCAGGGCCUUCAAAGCCGAAGCCAGGGCCUCCGACGCCGAAGCCAGGGCCUUCGAGGCCGAAGCCAGGGCCUCCAACGCCGAAGCCAGGGCCUUUGAGGCCGAAGCCAGCGCCUCCGAGGCCGAAGCCAGGGCAGGGCCUUCAAAGACUGAGGACGCGGAGGCCAGGGCCAAGGUGGCUGUGGCCAGAGCGGAGGAGGCCACGACCAGGGCGGAGGAGGCCGAGGCCAGGGCGGAGGAGGCCGAGGCCAGGGCGGAGGAGGCCGAGGCCAGAGCGGAGGAGGCCGAGGCCAGAGCGGAGGAGGCCGAGAUGAAGGUCGUCGAGGGCAAAGCACAGAUGGCCUUCAUGCUCGACGAUCUUCUCCCUGCUUUGGAACGUAUGACCUAA